AUGGCUACGCGUACCGAUUUAUGGGCUUUAAUGCCGUACGUAUUCGUCGCCGCGCCCUUACGGGCUGCGGUGGCGGCGGCGGCGGUCGCUCGGGUGGCGGUGGAGACGGUCGGGCGGGCGGCCAUGUCGGCAGCACGUGUCCGACCGAAUGACGCAUGCGCUCAGUGCGGGCUAUUGAUCCUCUCUGGCGCGCGCCGUCAUCCUCCGCCUGUAUUGCGGUCAACUCGACGGGGCGGCGGUGGUUACCCCGCUCCCGGUCCCGUAUCCCCCGUUUCCGCGUUUCUCGCUCGUUCUAUCUCUCGCCUAUCCCACCCGUUCGCUGCCGCUAUCUUUUUCUCUCCUCUCUCUCGCCUCAAUGGUCUCGUUCUCGUUUCUCCCACUCGGCCGCUUCCCCCGUACUUUUUCUUUCUCUCAUUCUUUCUCACUCUGUUUCUCUCUCUCCGUUUCCUCUAUUCUAGUUCCGUUGUCGUCGUUGUCGCCGCCGCCGCCGUCGCCAAUGCCACUGUUCUGUCCGGCUACGAUAGUGGCGGCGCGAUGGACCACGGGGGGGGGGGUGGUGGUGAGGGGAGUGGAGGGGAGGGGAAAGGGAGCGACGGCGGUGGCGGAUGUCGCGCCGCGUUCUCUGUUGUCCACGCGUGUCUGUUUCGGCGGCUGUUCGGUGCACGUGUACCCCCCGGCGGCGCCGCCGAGUCCUCCGGAAAACACCACGGACACGUUCGCUCCGGCAGUCGCCGACCACGUUUUAUUAGAAAAUCAGAAUGA